CAAGCGAACACGGUGACUACAAACCGGAAUUGGCAGGCUAUAAUGAAAUGUUCUACUUCCUGAAGUCACCGGCAAGUUUUGUUUUGGGAGAUUUUGUUUCUGUGAGUCUACACUUGUUAUUUUUAAUAUAAUAAUAAUAAUUGUGCCACGGACACCAGGAGACUAUCGACCCCCGUCGAAACAAAAUCUAAAACAUGGCGGAACCAAACCAAGGGCCUCAACGUAAGAUGUCCACCACAGGUGACAGUCUGUACAAUAUACUUGAACUGGAGAAGGGAGCAUCCGCAGCAGAAAUAAAGAAGGCAUACAGGAAACUAGCACUGAGGAAUCAUCCUGACAAGAAUCCAGACAAUCCAGAGGCAGCUGAGAAGUUUAAAGAGAUCAACAAUGCCAACUCCAUCCUCAACGACGAGACCAAGAGGAAGGUCUACGAUGAGUACGGCUCCAUGGGCCUCUAUGUGGCCGAGCAGUUUGGAGACGAGAGCGUUAAAUAUUACUUCCUCAUUCACAAGUGCUGGUUUAAGACCCUGAUGGUGUGCUGUGGGAUCUUCACCCUCUGCUGCUGCUGUUGCUGCUGCUUUUUCUGCUGUGGCAGGUGCAAGCCACUGAAGGAGGAGCACGGAUACGUAGACCCAGACGACCUGGAGGCUCAGAUCAGAGCUGAGCAGGACAGGGGGGAGCAAGAACCCAUUGUGAUCCAGCCUCAUGCUGCUUCUAAUGAGAAGACCGAUUUUGAUCACGACCAAUCUGCAGCCAAACCACUCUGACCCUAUACUCACCACAGCGGACCAGUAAGAACCUGUCAGUGAGACGUCUUCCCAUAGCUUGGUCCCAGAUCUGUUUGUGCUGUCUUGCCAACUCGUAUGGUCAUUAGGACUUGGCAAGACAGCACAAACUGAUAUGGGACUAGGCUGGUCUGCCCACUCUGGUUACUCCCAACUAGGGUUGUAACUUUCCCAAAAUUCACAGGUUUUCCCGAAAUAAGGAGGGAAUAAGCAGGAAAUCUGGAAUCCUCCAUCCAGGAUUUCUGGAAAACCAGGAAAUGUGACAUUACUGUGAUCAGUUUCUGUGGUUCGUUUUUUAAUCCGUGGCUGGUGCUUAAAUCACGCAGUCGACCCACCGUACUAUAUGUGGCCAAAGCCUUAUAUUUGGAUAUAUAUAUUUUUUAUGUCUCAAUAUAAGGGUCUGUAUGUGGCUCAUUUGAAUUAUAAAUUGGGGUCUAUGUUUACAAGAAUCGUACAUUCUUAUGAUUGUGCCAAAUGCCAAGUUUACCUUAAUGCUGAGGCGAUCUUUCUUUGUAGAUUGAAAAAUAUAGCAUUUUUUAAUAGUACAGAACAAUAUGUGCAGAGUAAUGGCUUCUAUGCAUGCUCAAUGGAGAGUGUAGGGAAGGUGUUUGAAAAGAAACUGAUGUGCCUCCCAAAUGACACCAUAGUCCCUAUGUGUAACACACUACUUUUGACCAGAGCUAUGUAGUGCACCACUUUUGACAAGGGCCCAUAGGUCUCUGGUCCAAAGUAGUGCACUAUAUAGGGAAUCGGAAGCUUGUGAAGAAAGGGAAGGGAAAGUGCAGCCUGAGUCUGAAGUUGUAAACGAAUGUGCACUUUAAACGCUUUGUGGGUCGUUCAACAAAAUGUGUCAAUUUUGGGUAGGGUAACUUGGUAAAAACUUUCACAUAAUUCUGUCAUAAAGAGCACAUGUUCAACUUAAUAAAAAAACACAUUUUCCCGGUUAAAUGGGUUAAAAUCUUCUUAGAAGUCACAGAGGGUGCACAAAGGGACAUGCCAAAAUGCUGAAUCUUUGCACUUCAGAAAGUCUUUAUUAAUAUGAAUAAUCAGCUGUAUUGAAAGUUGUGGUCUACAUUAAAUGGCACUUAUUUCUUUUAAAUAUUGGUGCACAAUUUCUACUUUAAAUAUUAAAGGAAUGCAAAAGGAACGACCCUUCUAAGCAUAAUGAUCCAGUUAUAAUAAGGGUCUGCUGUGGACUGCCACUACCCCUUGUGUGGGAGCCAAUAGCUGCAGCUUUAACCUAUGAACCAAUGUGAAGCGACGCCAAAAGUUUAAAUGUGUUUAUAUGUUUGUUUUUUGGCAAUAUUUUUGUACUGUCAAGCUUUAUUUUCAAUUUUCCAAAGCUUAUGAUUCCAUACAUGUGCUCACUUUUUUCAUUUUCUCAUAUGCCUCUCUUAUACCUCCCUCUCUCUACAUGGAAUAAUAUCGGAGUUCUUGUAAUUUAAACAUGUCUUCCUGACCCAUAUGACUUCCCAUUUCUUCUGAUGAUGUCUGUCCUCUUGUGUGACCUGGAUUCAGUGUCAAAUUCUGUUUCUGUGCAGUAUAGUGUACAUUAUAUUGAGCACUUCCUGAGCACACCUGCUCAACUUUUUAAACACUUGGACACCAAAUAAUGCCAUUUGUUGAAAGCCAUUGUCUCACAUACCAGCAAUUCUCAGAUUUUUAAAGUGGGUUUCUUUUGUAGUUCAGCAGUAUUACAUUCAGUGAAAACUGGGGAAAAAAGAUAUAUAACGCAGUUAAAACAUUGCUGUGAUUAUUUGUCCAUUGACUUUAAUUUCUCUCACUGAGGAUUUAACUGUGGUGGCUUUGUGUCAAAUGCUGUUGAUACAUUUAAUCCGUAACUCUUUAAUUUCCCCAACCUAAUAUGCAGGAUUCGUCAAAGGCUUUAUUUUUGAAUUAAUGUGUUACUAUCAUUCUCUAAUAAAAAUGUUUCCAUUUUGUUUUGAUCCUACUUUCUACUUUAUAUACUGUUAAUACUGUAAAAUAUUUAUAUAAAUGUAUAUUGAAUAAAUUGGGGGUUAUGUAAA